AUGUACAGCCUCAAGAGCCUUCCGGCACUGCUAUGCCUCGUGCUGGCUGUCGCUCCCGUCCUGUCUGCACCUGUCGCUGCUGGAGAUGGAGCCGUUGUGCGAAGACAGAGCCACCACUUCAAUACCAACACCCAGUCCGGUUCUAACAUGGACUUCUCUAUCCCUGAUGGCCCAUCCUACAACUCUGGCCAGUUCGCCUCGAACGCAUAUCGCGAAGACCGUGGGGGCGAUGAUGAUAAUGAGGGCUCAAGCGAGUCCAGCAACACCAACGCAGGGAACUCGAUGAAUAUCGGCAUCCCGGGUGGUCCCAGCGUCAACUUGGGCAACUACUUCAGUAACAACUAUGAGGAAUCUGAAGAGCCACGGCCAAGGCCCUCGACUACUUCCACUACCACUAUCCCAGAGUCCACAACGGCCCCUCCACCUCCGCCAGUCAACCCUCCUAUUGAGACUUCUGUUCCUGCCCCUCCUGCCCCUCCUGCCCCUCCUACUACAACUACCACCACUACCCAACCCCCUCCUCCUCCCCCUACAACCACUGCUCCCCCUGCUCCUCCUACAACUACUGCUCCUCCUGCUCCUCCUCCUACAACCACUGCUCCCCCUGCUCCUCCAACCACUACUCCGCCAGCUGCUCCCCCUACCACUGCACUCCCUGCACCCCCAGCUCCGUCUACCCCCACCGAGCCGGCUCCUCCUGCUGAGACCGAAGAACGUGAAGAGCCAGUGCAAGAAUGCCCAGCACCGGAGCCUGAGCCACAGCCUGAGCCUGAGCAGCAGUCUCCUGAGCCUCCAGUUGAACAUGAACCUUCCCCUGAACAACCAGAAUCAUCUCCUGCCCCCGAGCCUACCCCUGCACCUCAGCCCAACCCUACACCAAGCCCUCAACCAGAGCCCCAACCUGACCACGAGCCUGCAUCCGAGCCCAGGAUCAUACCCACUCCUUCCCCAGCUGCUCCAGCAUUGCCUGCAUACACCUGUCAAUGCCCUGCGUGA